AUGGAGGUGAUGACCGGAGAACGCAAUGGCUUGUUGCAGAAACUUGGAGGGGAUCUGACUGCAGCCGCUCUCUCAACGGUGUUAAUAUCUCCAGGGGUUACAAUAAUCGACAGAGCCUUAGUCGAGAAAGCCUCCCACCACAAGCCUCUGCUUCGAAGCCUACGCUCCCACGCUCGCGAUGCCCUCAAACAUCCGAGGAAAUUUAUCUGUUCCCGUGCCCAUGGCCAAGUCUUUACAUUAUACGCCGCGACAUAUUGUGUGGCCAACACAACUGAGACAAUAACCAAGAAAACACACCCCUCGAUCUCUGAGGGAGUAACGUUCCUCUCUACAUUUCUCGUCAACGUCCCACUCGGCGUCUUGAAAGACGUGCGAUUCGCACAGCUCUUUGGCAUUUCAAAUAAGCUCAAUACUGCCCAAGGCCUACCUGUCCCAAGAAAUACAGGCUCACUGGCCAUAACAGCGACGCUUCUCACAAGGGACGCAAUCACCAUUUACGGAUCGUUUCAGCUCGCACAGCGCUGUUCAGUCAUUAUUCCCGACAGUGUAGCUAGUCACCCGUAUUCCAAAACUAUCAUCACGCAGAUGGUAGUACCAGUUUUAUCCCAGCUCGUUGCAACACCGCUGCAUUUGCUAAGCAUUGAUUUGUACAACCGUCCGAAUGGAGUGCCCUUGAAAAGCAGGCUCAACGUAGUCUGGAGAGAUCUACCAUCAGCAACGGUGCACUGA